AGGCAGCGGCGGCAGCCAAGGGGCGCUCAGCAGCAGCCACAGCCGCGCCGCCGCCGCUCUCCAGCCAGCCCGCCCGCCCUCGGGAUUAGCGUGAGCCGGACGCGGGCAGGACCCCCAGGUAGAAAUAGAAACCCAGAUAUCAAACGGGUCAGGUGCCAGAUCACAGAACACCACCACCAUGAAUGACAUUGUACAGAAGACUGAGAUUCUUCUUUCUUCAUCUAAACCUGUACAAAAAUCCUAUGUGCCCAAACUUCACAAAGGUGAUGUGAAGGAUAAAUUUGAAGCUAUGCAGAAAGCAAGGGAAGAAAGAAAUCAAAGGCGAUCUAGAGAUGAAAAGCAAAGAAGAAAAGAACAGUAUGUUAGAGAGAGAGAAUGGAACAGGAGAAAGCAGGAGAUGAAAGAACUGCUUGCUUCUGAUGAAGAAGAAGAAACAAAGUCUUCUAAAAUAGAAAAAGCCUAUGUUCCAAAGCUGACAGGAACUGUUAAAGGGAAGUUUGCAGAAAUGGAGAAGCAGAGACAAGAAGAAGAAAGAAAAAGGAUGGAGGAGGAAAGAAAGCGCAGAAUUGAACAAGAUAUGAUUGAGAAAAAGAAAAUUCAGAGAGAACUGGCAAAAAAAGCCCAGGAGAUUGAUGACAUAAACAAUACAGGAACUGAAUCAGCAUCAGAGGAAGGUGAUGAUUCGCUGCUGGUGACAGUAGUGCCUGUCAAACCUAACAAAACACCUGGAAAGAUUAAAAUAAAAUUUGAAGACCCAGGAAAUGAGAGAGAACAAGAAGAAAAGAGGAUAAGAUAUGAGGAACAAAAACGAUCCCUCAAGGAAGCCAAGUGUCUUUCAUUUGUCAUGGAUGAAGAUGAAGGCAGUGAAACAAAUGAACCUCUUUCUCCUGGGAAACUGAAAUUAACAUUUGAAGAACUGGAAAGACAAAGACAAGAAAAUCAAAGAAGGCAAGCAGAGGAGGAGGCAAGACAACGUUUGGAAGAGGAAAAACGUGCCUUUGAAGAAGCUAGACAACAAAUGGCAAACAAAGAGAAAGAAAAUAAAGACAAUGAAAAUUCUAUUAAAGAGUUCCGUCCUGGUAAACUCAAACUCAGCUUUGAGGAGUUAGAAAGACAGAGGAGAGAGGAAGAAAAGAGGAAAGCAGAAGAAGAAGCCAGAAGACGCAUAGAAGAGGAGAAAAGGGCAUUUGCUGAAGCAAGGAGAAGUAUGGUACUGGAUGAUGAGACCCCAGAGAUGUUUAAAACAGUUUCUCAAGAAUCUCUUACACCAGGUAAACUGGAAAUUAAUUUUGAGGAGUUACUGAGACAAAAAAUGGAAGAAGAAAAGAGACGCACAGAAGAAGAGCGCAGGCAAAAACUGGAAAUGGAGAAGCAAGAAUUUGAGCAGCUCAGACAAGAAAUGGGAGAGGAGGAAGAAGAGGCUGAAACCUUUGAAUUAAGCAGGGAAUAUGAAGAACUAAUAAAGUUAAAAAGAAGUGGUUCUAUUCAGGCAAAGAACUUAAAAAGCAAGUUUGAAAAAAUUGGUAAAUUGUCUGAAGAAGAAAUACAGAAAAAAAUUGAAGAGGAGCGAGCUCGAAGAAGAGCAGUGGACCAGGAAAUAAAAGAGAGGGAAACAGAGAAAUUUCUUGAGGAUGAUGAAGUAGAUGUGAAGCCUGCCAAGAAACCUGAGGCUCCAUUUACUCAUAAAGUAAACAUGAAGGCUAGGUUUGAGCAAAUGGCAAAGGCAAGGGAAGAAGAGGAACAAAGAAGAAUUGAGGAACAAAAAUUACUACGUAUGCAGUUUGAACAGAAGGAAAUUGAUGCUGCACUACAGAAGAAAAGGGAAGAGGAGGAGGAAGAAGAGGGAAGUAUUAUAAAUGGUUCUACUUAUGAAGAUGAAGAGAACCAAGCUCGGUCAGGAGCUCCAUGGUUCAAGAAACCCCUAAAGAACACAUCAGUUGUAGACAGCGAGCCAGUAAGAUUUACUGUUAAAAUUACGGGAGAGCCAAAACCUGAAGUCACAUGGUGGUUUGAAGGGGAAAUGUUGCAGGACUCUGAGGACUAUCAGUACAUUGAAAGAGGAGAAACUUACUGCCUUUACUUACCAGAAACUUUCCCAGAAGAUGAAGGAGAAUAUAUGUGUAAAGCAGUCAACAGCAGAGGCACAGCAGCUAGCACCUGUAUUCUCACCAUUGAAAGUAAGAGUUAA